AGAGUCAGUCUAUCCUAUAAAUUUUUGACAGCGCUUCUUUAAAUGAUUUUUCUCUGACUUUAUUUUUCUUUAUGGUGUGUAUUCAUUGUAACAACAAGACGCCGUCCAUGAUGCUUCUGCUAUUGAUAACAAUAUCGGUUUUUGGAGUUACACAAACUCACGGCCAGUGUGAAUUUUCUCCAUUAAAAACUGAAAUAUCAGCUUUUGGAACAAGAAGAUCUUAUUGUGAACAUCCUGUGAGAGAUGGAGUUAGUGUAGCUAAAUUAAGAGUUUUACCCGAUACCACUUUUAAAACCUUGGAUUGCCAUACAUGUACAUGCAAUCAAUAUGGGAUGCGUUGUUGUCCAAGCAACAAGGAUCCACGAUCAUUACAGAUACCAAGACAUUGCAGAAUUGUAUUGGAUGGCUGCAUACCUACACCAGUUAGGAAAUCAGAUAACAAGACAGAUUGUUAUACUGCACAACCAGUUCAAGUUGUCCGUCAAAGCAGACAAAGAAUAAACAGAGUAUUAACCACUUUGGACCGAGUUCAGAGAAUGCAGCGACAACAACAGGCCCGUGGUGGCGAAGCCCCAGAAGGUCCUACUCCGAAUGAGGUUAUAAUGAUGAUGGCAUUAUCAGGAGCACUAGAGAAUCCGUACAACCCUGUCGGAACAUCUGGUGGAAUGUAUGGACCUCCUUUCGAUAAUUCAAUGAUGCCAUUUUUAAUGCUAGGAAUGAUGGGAUCUUAAUGGGUUUCGGAAAAUAGUAUUUUAUAAAAUUACCGGUUUUGUUCUAUAUAAAGUUUUAGUACUACCUUUUUUAUGCCGGUUGCCUAAAAUGAUAUUCAGUGCGCGUGUUAAUUUCUUGUAUAGGACAAAUAACUUUCGCAAUAAAUAUUACCAGUGAGGAAUAUUUUAAUUUUGUUUAGGUUAUAAAAAAUGUUGAUAUUUAGGUAUUAUCUGUCUUCAGAACAAUUUGAAUUAGUCAAUGAAGAUUUUUUUUUUCAAUUGACGGCAUUCAAUAUUAUAAAUAUCCAGCUAUCAUAUGGUAGAGAGUAUUUUACUCAUUGUGACCAUCAGUGUUGAGUAUAGAUUAAAGUUGUUCAAACUCCGUAUGUAAUAACAUGUGUAAUAACAAAGAUAGAUAACUAGCGUGUAUAUGCCCGGUAAAUAGUAAUUGAGCUUACCUAAAACAAAUACUACAAUAAUCAAGUAUUUCAAAAAGUCGCAUGACUACUUUAGCAUGAGUAAUUAGUGUUUUUUAAGCUGUUUAAUGUAAAUGCUCGGUGUUCCAUCAUUAUAUAUAUAACGUUAAUAUUCAUGCAAAUAAUCCGGUUUAUACGUUUAGACUAUGAUACCAUAUUUUGUGCUGUAUUUUUUUUCGAUUAUUUUUUAAUAAAUAUUUGAAAUUUGUCAUAA